UUGCACUCAACCAUCAUGCCUCAUGCUGACUCUGCACUCGUACCGGAAUCUAUCACGUCCAAGUCUGACUUCUGGGCGCAUGUCUAUUCUCAGCUGGAUGCUCUCCUCGAUGGCCAGCACGGAAACUGGGUCACCAAUCUGUCCAACGCGGCUUCCUUGAUAUACAACUCGUUGCUGGCGUUUCAUAGCCAUUUCGGAGACGGAGAGCGCGCUGUAAACUGGUGUGGCUUUUAUCUCGAUUCCCCAUUAUUCCCAUCUCCUCAACGCGGCGGAACCGAAAGUCGACCAUCUUCCCAGCUACUCUUGGGUCCCUUCAACGGCCGCCCAGCUUGUCAAUACAUAAAUACGACCCCGGGUAAAUCCCGAGGAGUGUGCGCGGACGCCUUCCUCCAGCAACAAACCGUGCUGGUCGACGAUGUCGAAUCAUACCCGGGCCACAUUGCUUGCGAUGGCGCAACCCGCAGCGAAAUCGUCUGCCCACUUAUCCUUCCCGGGCCCUCAGCUGGGCGUGUCCUGGGCGUUCUAGAUUUAGACUGCCUUGCCCCAGCGGGUUUCGAUGCCGAUGACAAGUUGGGCCUCGAGAAAAUCGCAGAACUGCUUGUUAAUAGCUGCAACUGGUGA